UGUGAGUGGAGGGGCAAGUUAAUCAAGAUCGAGAGCGAAAAAAAACCCCCAAAUUCAAGACAAAAAGAAAGGAAAUCGCUGUCAAUCCUCAAGCGUGUUUUCUCGCAUCCUACGCGCUCGACAUUCCUGUCUCCGAUCGAGGAUUCCACGCACUGUUACAUACUCGCCGCUUGUCCUACCUCUUAGUGCCUGGACUGAUCCAUCCAGAGACCUCUUAAUUUCCACUCGAGCGUUAUCUCCACUGGACAGCCAGCAAUUGUCGCUACGAGACUCCACCUACAUUUCCCGCAAUUUAGGACGACUGCAUUGUCAUUGUCCUCUACUCCAACUGCCCAAGACGGACGUCCACAUCCUUUUACCGAUCCCUCUUCGCCAUUCACUGCUUAAGUGCAGUCCUCCAUAUUCUCGAUAGUGCUCCUGUUGCUCUACUAACCCUCGUCGGGCAAGAUUAUCCGUGAUGUCACAAAAAGGUCCCUCAGUAUUUUCCAGCUUGCGCAUGGGUGAAGUCGUCCGUGAAAAGGUCCAGGAUGGACUCACAGGAGAAACCAAGGAAAUGCAAUAUACCCAAUGCAAGAUAGUGGGAAAUGGCUCCUUUGGUGUUGUGUUCCAGACCAAAAUGUCCCCUAGCGGUGAAGAUGCUGCCAUUAAGCGGGUUCUUCAAGACAAGCGUUUCAAGAAUCGUGAGUUGCAAAUCAUGAGGAUUGUGCGCCACCCAAACAUUGUCGAACUAAAAGCAUUCUACUAUUCCAAUGGAGAGAGGAAAGAUGAAGUCUAUCUUAACUUGGUGCUUGAAUACGUGCCAGAAACGGUGUACCGUGCUUCCCGAUACUUCAACAAGCUGAAAACGACUAUGCCCAUGCUCGAAGUCAAGCUAUACAUUUAUCAACUCUUCCGCUCUCUUGCCUACAUCCAUUCUCGAGGAAUCUGCCAUCGAGAUAUCAAACCCCAGAACUUGCUUCUUGAUCCCAACACUGGCAUUCUCAAGCUCUGCGAUUUUGGUUCAGCCAAGAUCUUAGUGGAAAACGAACCAAACGUUUCCUACAUCUGUUCACGCUACUACCGAGCUCCCGAACUGAUUUUUGGCGCUACCAACUACACAACAAAAAUCGAUGUGUGGUCUACUGGUUGUGUGAUGGCUGAGUUGAUGCUUGGGCAACCUUUGUUCCCUGGUGAAUCUGGAAUUGACCAGUUAGUGGAGAUCAUCAAGGUGCUGGGUACACCCACUAGGGAACAGAUCCGUACGAUGAAUCCAAACUACAUGGAACACAAAUUUCCCCAAAUCAAACCUCAUCCAUUUAACAAGGUUUUCCGACGGGCCCCGCACGAAGCCAUUGACCUUAUUUCCGCCCUGUUAGAGUACACUCCAACCCAGCGACUUCGCGCUGUCGAGGCGAUGUGCCAUCCCUUCUUCGAUGAACUGCGCGAUCCCAACACUCGCCUGCCAGACUCUCGCCACCCAAACAACCCGUCUCGUGACCUUCCUAGUCUUUUCGACUUUUCACGUCAUGAACUCUCAAUGGCCCCCGAGUUGAACAGCCGACUGGUUCCUGCUCAUGCCCGGGCUGCGUUGGAAGCUCAGGGUCUGGAUAUUGACAAUUUCAAGCCAAUUCCUCAAGAAGAGAUGCGAGCCAAUCUCGAUUGAUUUUACCUUGCUUUUUCAUGCGGAACGAAUGAACCUCCAAUUAGGAUGCUGAGUAAUGCCAAAAAAAAUCUUUCAUAGGAACUGCGAGCUUGCUUGUUUGACGCCACAGACACGCCUGCCCAUUAUGUAUGCAUUGAGCGGUCUUGCAUAGUGAAAGAAAAAGUUUCGAACAUGUUACAAUUUUGCAAGUCGGGCAAUGCCAGGGAAACUGUGUCUCUGUGGUAUUAAAAGUUGAGGGUCCGCAAUGCCAUGUCAGGCGGGAAACGGUUGA